AUGGCUACGUUCAGUAUCACUCCCCAAAACUUGCUGCCGGGGUUCGCAGGCAAGAGUACCAUGGAGCAGUUCAAAUACGGCAUGGGAUUGAUGGGCGUGGGGAUUGCCGUUUACUGGAUCGUCCUGGCCACAUACCGGCUUUACUUCCACCCGCUCGCCAAGUUCCCUGGCCCGCCCAUCCGAGCCAUCACGGGCAUGCCGUACCUGUACCAGAGCUACGUCGAAGGCACCUUUGCGCGACGGGUGCGGGCUCUGCACGCCAGGUACGGCAACGUCGUACGCGUGGCGCCCAACCGACUGGCCGUCGACGGCGUGGUGGGGUGGAAGGAUGUGCACGCGGUCCGCGCCCCGAAUCCCGAGAUGCCAAAACUGCCGGGCUACUACGGCCCAGACUCGCACCGGAGCCUCGUGGCCGCGCCCACCCGAGAGGGCCACCAGCGCCACCGGCGGGCGCUCGCCUACGGCUUCAGCAACACGGCCAUGCACGAGCAGGAGCCCGUCAUCACCUACUACGUCGACAUGCUCAUUCGCCAGCUGUCCAAGAGGUCCAAGGAGGGCGCCCUCGACAUGGCCAUGUGGUUCAACUUUCUGAGCUUCGACGUGGUCGGCGACCUGGCCUUUGCGGAUUCCUUCAACAUCCUAAAGAGAGGCAGGUACCAUCCCUGGACGAGCAACCUGAUCAAGGGCAUCGAGGGCGCGACCCUGAACCGCUUCUUCCUCUUCUCGUCGCCGCUCCUGGCCCCGCUGGCGCUGCUGGACCUGAACGGCACCAUCAAGACGUUUUGGGAAAACCGCCGGAUCGCCGACUCCAAGACCAAGGCCCGCAUCGAUCUGGGGCCCGACCCGCCGGUCCAGACCGACCUGAUCGGCCGCGACGGCAAGCCGGUCGUGCGCAAGGAUUUUGUCGGCUACAUGCUGCGCUUCAACCAAAAGGCCAGCCACGAGGCCCUGUCCGAGGUCGAGAUGAAGCGGAACGCCAACAUCAUCAUGAACGCCGGCAGCGAGACCACCGCCACCGCCCUGGCCGUGCUGACUUUUAUGUUCUCCCUGCCCCAGAACCGCGUCUGGAUGGAGCGCGCCACCGAGGAGGUCCGCACCACGUUCAAGAGCGAGGACGACAUCAACCUCCACUCCGUGUCCAACCAGCCUCUGCCCAUAUUGCGUGCCUGCUCCGAGGAGGCGCUUCGCUUCCACCCGCCGGCCCCCGACAUGCCUCCGCGUCUUUGCCCUGGUGGUACCGUGGGCGGUUACUAUGUUCCCAAGGGGGCCAUCAUCCAAGUCUCGCAACUGGCUACAUACCACAACCCCGACCACUUUCUAGAAUGCGACGACUUCCGGCCGCAGCGGUUCCUACCUCCCGACCACCCGCUGUACGAGAAGCGGUUCGCCAACGACAACUUUGCAGUGUUCAAGCCCUUCAGCUACGGCAACCGAGACUGCAUGGGCAAGAACCUGGCCUACAUCGAGAUGCGCUUCGUCAUGUGCCGGAUCCUGUUCCGCUUCGACUACCUCGGCCUGGACUACGAGGGCGGCGCCAGCGACCAGUGGCUGAACCAGCACCGUGCCUUUAUCGUCUGGAAGAAGCCGCCCUUGAUGGUCAAUUUCAGGGAGAGGGAGGGUUUGGUGCCCCUCGAGCCUCCCGAGGUCACGGAUUAA